GGCCCGCAGGGAGCACUUCCGGGAGGCGCUUCCUGUAGUGAGGCUGCGUUGCUAGCCGGUGGAGAAACCUGCGAAGAUGGGGAAAGUGAGGGCGCUGCGGGCUCGUGUGCACCGGGCGGCCGUGAGGCCCGACGGGGAGGCUGCACCCGGCCCGGCGCCCCGCGCCUUGGAGCUGGCCGUCCCACAAGCCCCGGUGGGCGGAGCGGGGGCGAAGGACUGGACGUUCGUUCACAAUGACAUCUUUGCCAGGACGCGGAUAGACCCUAGUGCAUUGGUGCAGAGGCUGGAACUGGACCAGAGGAGCGUGGUGUCCCUAAAGAGAGGUGCAGAGCCAAAGGCCAUCUUGCCUAAGAAGGAAAAGCUGAAGCUUCGCCGUGAGCGGUGGCUACAGAAAAUCGAAGCCAUAAAGCUGGCAGAGCAGAAGCUCAGGGAGGAACGAAAGCGCAAGGCCAUGGUGGUGGUAGGCGACCUGCACCCCUUGAGGGACGCCCUACCCGAGCUGCAGGAACUGGAGGCCAACCGCCAGCAGCAGCGAGCCACACGCAGGGUGACCAGCAAGCCCAGGCCAGUGGAGCUUAGCCGAAUGAGCACAGCCCAGAGGCAACAGCUUCUUGAGGAAGAAAGGACCCGGUUUCAGAAGCUGCUGGCCAGCCCAGCCUACAGAGCCAGUCCCCUGCUGGCCAUCGGGCAGCAGCUGGCACACCAGAUGCAGCUGGAAGGUGGCGAACAGCUCUGACCGGGACCGUGUGUGCCGUGAGGUCCAGAGGAUUCAGUGGGUGGAGGUGCCGACAGCUCUUGAAUCCUGUCCUGUACCUGCAUGGCCACCGAGCCAGUCUUGAGACCCAGGGAGGGCAAGCUAGAGCUGCCGGUCAGGACAAAUAAAAUGACUUCUGGACUGUGGCUUCCAUAGCCUGGAGCCCAUGCGCGGCUUCCCUUCGCACUUAGAGCCAGCCACUCCUGCGUUUCCAAGGCACAGCUGACCCUGGGACACGCCCAGGGCCCCCAGCUAGGGGUCAGAGUUGGGGAGGUUGCUCUCAUGGGGAUCUGCACGGCUGCACCAGUGUGAAAUUAGAGGUCUGCCAAGUAGCUUGAUCCCUGAGGACUUGGCGUUCCUCCCCAGCCGUGUGGGACCCUGGUCCCAGCCGGGCGCUCCACUAGCCAUCUUGCUUCUCACACCAGUUGCCUUCAGCCAAGCCAUGUCUUGUGGCUCCUACCUCUCUCAGCCCAGGUUACUCACGCCUUUUCCUCUGUGACCAGAGAAGCAGAUGGUCCUGCCUGGAGGCAGAACAGCCCGGCCCAGGAGGCUCUUGCCUGGAUGGCCAGGUAGACCUGUGUCAGGCACUGGUGGGUUCUCAUAGCAUCACCUACAGCCCCACAGCUCACACAGGCCAUGUUCCACCUUACAUGUGGGCGUGUCUGUGGCACUGCUCACCCCAAGGUGCUCCUUAGCCUCUUACAGGGGCCACGUGCUCAUAGCUCCCCGGUCCUGUGAGUGGGGAGCGGGCAGAACAGGGAGUCCCCCAGGCCUGGUGUGGACACCUAGGGCACUUGGUGACUGGAAGAGGUAAGACUGAAUAGAUCUAAACUGGGUGAGGCAGAGGCGGCAGAUCUCCAAGUUCAAGGACAGCCGGGGCUACACAGAGAAAUCUUGUCUCAAAAAAAAAAAAGAAGGGAAAAAAAAACCAAAUAAGCAAAUAAAAUUUUAAAAAGUAGAGUGAACCUGUCUGGACACAGACUCAAGUUCCUUUCAUCAGAGGCCAUUUCAUCUGUCUGCUGAGACACUGCAGCUGCCUUGCUGGGGGGAAACAGACUGUCAUCAAGAGAAGCCCUGCCCAGCGUGCCUAAGGCCACCUGAGGUGUAAGCACUAUCCAGCGUGCCUGGCACAGCUGAGGAGAUUUCCGCCUACCUUGUUUGGUCUAUGCUAAGAUUUCUGUAAUGUGGCUUGAAGCGACUCUGGUCUGGCCGUGGUGAGCACCUCUUCAUUAUGCCCUGCAGGAGAACCUAGGGCUGCCCUUCAGGGUUCUGCCUGGGAGAGCAUUCCACAGGCCAGCUUCAUGUUCAGGUCAGAGCACCACGCCCAGCCAAGGACACUAAUGUGCAGUGAACAGGAGAGGAGCCAAGGGGACAUCACUGGGACUACCUCAGAAUCGGUGCAAAAGGUGAUCUGAGGCAAGUUAUGUGUCUGAGACUUGGCAGAGCCGCUCUCAGCUGGCCAGAGGCUAGACACUGGGCAGGCAGGACUCUGGAGACUGAGGUCGCCUCUUCUCACUUCAGACAAAGCAUGCGUUCUCAUGUGGGCGGACACAGGAGGCAGAUGCCAAGAAAGCAGUCCUCUGCGUGGAUGGUGGGGGUUUGCUGGAUUCCUGUAUCUCCUGAUCUUUAUAGAAUAAACACGAAUCACACAGCAA